AUGACCACACGUCCCGUAUUAUACGGGAUUGUCCCGUAUUUCAACUUUGUGUCCCGUUGUCGGGCAGUAAUACGGGACGCAUUUUGUCCCGUUUUUCCAAGUCCGUCCAGUACUAAUCCCGUUUUUUUUCCAUACCGUUAAUUUAUAAUUUUGAAAUUAUUUUACUAUAAAAUCGUUUUGUUUGCGAUAUUUUUGUACAACAUUAUUCGAUAUAGAAUAUUAAAAUCGAUUAUUUUUUAGGGGUAGAUAUUUUUAGAUUCUUAUUUUGAUUAUAAUUGUAUAAUAGAAAAAUGGGGUUGCCAUUUUGACGAGUUAAAAGUAUUUCGUUGGGUUCAAUUAAUAAAUUGCCCUACUUGGGAAAAUGUUUAAAAAUGUUUCCAAUUUCUUUUAGAAAAAAAACCAAAAUAAUUCGAACUUAAAAUUGGAUGAAGAUCAUUUGUUUGAUGAAUUCAGUCAUAUUGAACAAGUUUUUCAAUCACGAAUAAAUGAAUGGCAAAAAAGUUCAGCUAAAUUGGAAGUUAAGUGGUGUGAAAUAUUUGAAUACACUAAAGCUCAUAACAUUGACACAACUAACAUAUCAGCAAUUUUAGAAUAUGCUUUAGCAAUGCCGGGUACAAAUACUGCAGUAGAAAAGAUUUUUUCCACCAUUAAUGUCUUAUGGACGGACGAAAAAAAUCGUUUUUUAGUUGAAACUAUAAAAUCAAUUAUCAUAGUGAAAACACAUUUUUCAAACUAUUCUUGCAAUGAAUUUUAUAAUAUUUUAUUAAAAGAAAAUAAAUUACUUUAUACAAUUAGUUCAGCACAAAAGUAUACAAAAAUAGCAGAAGACCAACCAUCGUCAUCAAAAUAA